AUGACAAAUCGGAGCAACAGCAAUGAGAAGGUGAAAGUUGAUUCACUACGUGGCGGCGAUCCAAGUGCACUGGAAACGAUGGUGAAGAAGUGGUCGGAUAGUGCACCGAAGGAGGAGAGUCCUGUGGCCGGGCAAACUGAUCUCAUAACAUUUGUUGACAAAUCACAAGUGGAAUGCUUGAACGAGGAUGAUAGCGCCACACUCAGGAGCUUACUGAGCGGCGAAAGUGAGCUGAGGUCGGAUUGCGAUCCGCAGCUCAUCAUAUCAAUC